AUGUGUGAGUUCCCUUCGUUCGAAGAUUUAGUUGCAAGCAAUCGGUAUGUGAGGGAACGUCUAUUGUCCUGUCAAAAUCCUCUUCUCGUUGGCCUCUGGGGCUUCUUUGAAAAGGCAGCAACCGGACUCACUCGGUUGUACAAGGGUAAGCUGGAUAACUGCUGCGACAAUCAAUGUUUGAUUGAAGCUCUCCAGCGCAUUGAUACAUUCUACAGGGUAUCACAAGACAUCUUGAAAUGUGCUCAUACCCAUGGCACUGCCUUGGGCCAUGAUUGCCGACGACUUUUACUACGUGACUCCCUAUUACCAGCCGCUUCAUCGGAACAGUUAUAUACCUACGACGUUUACUCUACUGUUUUACAGCCUCAUGUUACUGGAGGGGGUUUACAGUCUCGCCAGAAACGUCGGAGAUCUCGUAUUUGUCGCCGUUGUCGUCGACUACGUUGCCACAGAACAGCUCGACGGCCACCAGUUAAGCGUCGCCGCCUUCGUUAUACUAAAAAGGACGAUCAGGCAAAAGAAUCCGUUAAAUCAUGUCUGGAUUCGUACGAUUUUUCAAAAACAGCUCGUGAACUUCCCGAUGAUUGGCCAGUUUCUCUUUCGGAGUUUUCUGCCACUUGCCCUCCUCCCGCCUUCAGUGAGUUUACUUCCUUAAAAAUUGAUUUGUUUGUCAUUUUAGAGCCUCGUUCAGGCAAACGAAGGUCUGCUUUUUUCUCUUCCGGAGCCCUUAAUUUCCUGGACGAUGUGUCACUUAUCAUGCCUUCCGUAGCCACCUCUCCCCAAAAGCAAUCUGUGUUAAUUCCCUGGCCGAAUCAUCACACUGCCACGGAUCCCUUAUAUUUCACGCUUAACAACUCGGAUACUAUGGGCGAUCUCCACCCCUCUAGCCUCAUCGACUCUCUUUUAAAGUUUGGAUUCCAUUCUUCUCCUAAGCGUAGCCACUUGGAGUCUUUGACCGGCGCCACAACUCAAGAAAACCAUGGCGAAUCUCCCAAAAAAGUUGACUAA